UCAGUGAGAGUUGUGCAAUUUGUCACUCAGUUUAGUUCUUUGAAAGCAAAAAAAGCUUGAAAACGUUUUGAGUCACAGGGAACCUCAGAGGAAAUAAUCCAUUGAAACAAGAUACUUGACAGUCAUUUCCCCUGGUUUAUACAACACGUCUAACAUGCCAGAGUGAAUUUGUGGUGUGAAAUGCUCACGCCUCGUACACUUAGCAGCUCUAUUUGUGGAAAGAAGAAGUGCAAACUCCAAGGAACCUACAGUAAAGUCACUCCUAUGUGAACCUUGUGAAAACUCGCCCCCGCCCCUCUACACUGAGCGUACAACUCCUUAAAAACAUUUCCUCCUCGCUCACACUCGUCUGUGGGCAUCAAGAGUACGUGUGGCAGCACGUUGUGGGUAUGAGACCGUCUCACACGCUCUCUCUUGGUUUUAGGCAUUCAGUCGGUCCUGUGAAACAUGUUCGCUCGUGGAUUUCAGUUCGAUUUUUUAGAAUCAAGAUGUUCUUCGUGUCAUCCACAUCUUUUCAUCCUUGGUCUGAUUCUUGCUUAUUUUCUCUCCUCUCAUGUUCAAGCAUCUGAAGACCAAGUUCCAGUGAUGUGCGGGUCAACGAAUUUAACUUCCAAAUAUCAGCACUGUCGGCUUCACCCAGAUGGAGUCCAUGAUUUAGAUUGUUUUGGUAGAUAUACGAAUCGUGGUAAGAAAGAGUGUGUGUGGAAACCUGGAAACCACACAUCAGAGAAGAUAUACACACUCGUACAGAUACAGCAAAGUGUAAACUAUUGCAAAAUACACAACAAAACCCCCAAAUCCUCUAAAAUCAUCAUGGUAUUUGGAAAACUCAACCUGACUGUCGUCGUUUUUGAAAAUGGAGAGUCAGAGAAAUGCACAAAGGCAGUUUUCAGCGGUUCACCGAGUAGCCUGUUGAGAUGUGAUCCUCCAUCUAAUGUGUCCUUCCGCCGCCGGCUGGGAAAUCUACAUGUGAAUGUGAGCUGGCAAAAGGAUGCCGUAAAUAAUUACUCUGUGAGGUAUAAGAUGCUGGUAAGCCGGUUAUGGAUCGAGCCACCGGUUCAAUCCCAAAACGGAACGAGAUGCACAGUGGAGAAUCUAAACUCUUCUCUGUUCUACACUGUACAAAUACAAUGUGUCACUACUGCUCAAUGCUCCCAGUGCCCAUGGAGUGAGACCUACACUGUCCCAUCAGAGCUGACAGCACAGCCUGUCAUCGUCAACCUUGAAGACAGUGACAUCGCAGAGAAAAAAGGCAGCAGGCUGUUCUCUCUGCACUGGAAGUUUCCUGCCACAGAGUCGUAUGACGGCUACUAUGUGACCAUUGCUAAAGCGUCAGGAGAGGCUCCGUUUGAGCGGAUGAGCACGACUCGGCCUGAGAUCAGACUGAUUCUCUCCUUCUCCUCUUAUCAUCUCAACAUCAGUGCUGUGAACAACGCCAGCAUCUCCCCAGCAGUGAGCCACACGAUACCACAGCGAGAGGACGUGCACAGUAUUGUAGAGGGGAAGCUGAACGUGACCGUCCACAGCAACACAUCUUUUACUGUUUACUGGAAAGACGAUCUCAUCAAAACCUACGUGUGCUUCUCUGUGGAGUGGAUGAGAAAGAGACAUAAAGCAGCGGCCAUGUCCUUUUAUCAGAAGGCACACAACUGGAGGACCUUAUCUCCUUUACAAGAGCCCCUGAAGCCUUUCAAGAGAUACAGCCUCACUCUGCACACACGACCAAACAAGGACACUUGCAACAUCAAGUACAUCAACAGGAGUGAGAGCACCUAUGGGACAACACAGUUCUACUCCAUCCAAGGAUCUCCAGUCAGCGCUCCCAACAUCAGCAUCAGCAACAUAACGUGGAAUUCAGUGGUGCUGCAGUGGUCGUCCAUCCCGGAGGACGACAUCCAAGGCUUCCUGCUGGGUUACAUGAUCCACUACACUGAGUACCACCACCGGGGGACGAGUACGGAGAGAAAUAUCCAAGUGGAUCCACAGUUGGACACCUAUGAACUGGGGCAUCUGGAAGGAGGCACAGCGUGCCAGGUGCAGAUUUCAGGUUUCACCCAGGCAGGAGCAGGAGUACGAAGCACAGCGGUCAUCUUUACAACCAGCGAUAAAGGAUAUUUUCAUUAUUAUCUAAAUGGUUAUAUCAUUCCCAUUGCUGUUGUGGUCACUGUGCUGUUUUUUGCAUCAAUAAUGAUAAAGAGAGCCAAAGUCAUCCUGUGGCCCAGCAUACCGAACCCUCUGAACAGCAACGUAAUGCAGAAAAUAGCAAAACUGGAACUCCUAGAGUCCAUCAAACACCUGAACGUAGAAGAGUCCACAGACAGUCUUCAGAUAGUAGAGAAAGAAGCUGUGGUCCCUCCCAACACAUUAGCAUCAGUGUUAGUGCUCCUGCAAGACUCCGAAGAGGAGGGACACUCACCAGAAAUGACCUGGAUCCAAAGAGACGCCGAAGAGCAUGCAGCUGGAGAAAUCGAACCCCUCCGCACUACAGACAACUUCCACAGUUCCCCUUGUGCCUUUUCAAGUGACUACACAACAAUGGAGCUGUUUCAGCAGCAGAUGCCUCAGGGCAGCCCGGCGAACCCAGCCAUGUUCAGUUCAAUGCAGGACGACGAGGAGAUGGACACGGUUUUCUAUGGUCAAUGAAUGUCAGAGUCAAGUAACAGUCCAGAGUUGGACAAUGACGGGGGGGCCAUACUGUUUGCUGGUAGUCGCAGGUCUACAGCUUGGAUUCAAUGAGUUGUAGAUAAUCGACAGCCAAACUACCAAGUGCAUUUAGUGCCAACUGCUAAAGGGACAGUUAAGAGUAACUUGAGUAAAUAAGGAUUCAAAAAACAAGCUCAUUGUGAAGAACAUCUGAAUGAAAAGUCUCUUUAUUGAGUGUUGUGUUGGAAACAGAAUGAAUAUAUUGUUAGUUUCAAACUGAGGACGAUCAGAUACAUUCAAGCUCUUCAAAAAAACAGUGUCACCAAAUCUGUACAUCGAGCGCCCAGUCCAGUCCAGUCCAGUCCGGCAGGAGAAAGUCAUGUUUCUACAGUAUAUGCUCUAUGUGGUGGAUACACAGAUAUAAAAAAAUAAACCUCUUCACAUACUGUCA